AUGGCCAAUUUAGAGUAUGUCCAAAUCAAAGAUCUAAAGCCGGGCAUGAAAAACAUUAACGCGGUUUUUAUAGUUCUGGAGGUCGGUCCGCCGACACUGACCAAGGAGGCUCGCGAGGUGCGCACGCUACGCGUGGCAGACGCCAGCGCGUCCGUGAACCUGUCGGUGUGGGACGAGCCCGGCGCGCUUCUGCAGCCCGGGGACAUCGUGCGCCUGACGCGCGGGUACGCUUCGCUGUGGCGAUUCGCCCUCACGCUCUACUCGGGGAAGUCGGGAGACAUCCAGAAGGUGGGCGAGUUCUGCAUGCUGUUCAACGAGCAGGUGAACAUGAGCGAGCCGCAGCCGGCCCCGCCGCCCGCCGCGCCCGCCGGCCUGGCGCCGCCGUCCUCCGACCGCUCCAACGGCGCGCAUGUCGUCGCGCGACCCCACGCGCCCGCCGCCGUCGCGCCGCCGCCGCCUCAGCAUCAACCCAAAUCUGACCGCUUCCAACCUUCCAAUAACGACCACUCGGCCAAACAUAACACUCACAAGACGUACGUGAGAGGCCGGGGCCACCAGCGAGGCAACAACAAGAGAUAA